CCCGGGGGAGGCGGGCCGUGCCGGGCCGUGCCGUGCCGGGCGGCGGAGGGGCCGUGCCGUGCCGUGCCGGGGGGAGCGAGUCCGGGGAAGUGGGGUGCGGGGGGGGAAGCCCCGCUCGGAGCAGGCGGCGCGGCGGCUCCGGCAGGUGGCACUGGCCGCCUCCCCCGGCCGCCUCCCCCGCUCCCCCCCCGGCCCGGGCUCCGCCGCCGCGCUCAGUCCGCCGGCGCCGAUGCUGCUGAGCGGAGCGGCGGCCGGCUCGGAGCGCGGCGGCGGCGGCGGCGGUGCGGGGGCCGGGGCCGGGGCCGGCGGGGCCCCGCAGUGCGUGGGCAGCAUGGCCCGCUGGCUCCGCGAGCACCUGGGCUUCCGCAGCGCCAAGCCCGCUCCCCCCGCACCGCCCAAGCCCGACUACCGCGCCGGGCCGCCGCCGCAGCCGCCCCCGCCGCCCGGGGGCGCCGCCGAGCCGCUGGCCGCCGCCCAGCCCGACAUCGUGGCGGCCUACCGGCUGCAGAAGGAGCGCGACUUCGAGGACCCCUACAGCGGGGCGCCGCCGCCCGCCGCCCCCGACGGGCCCCGCUACGUCUCGCCCAAGCACCGGCUCAUCAAGGUGGAGGCGGUGGAGAAGGUGCCCGCCAGUCCCCCGCCGCCGCCGCCGCCGCCGCUGGCACCCGCCGCCCCCAGCUCGCCCCCGGCCGGCCCCGAGCCGCCCGACGAGCCGCCGCAGGAGCUGGCUGUCCUGGAGGACUAUGCAGAUCCCUUUGAUGCAGCGCAGGUGGCUGGUAGCCAGGCAGGGCUGGAGAAGGUGACAGAGAACGACGGAUACAUGGAACCGUAUGAAGCCCAGAAGAUGAUGGCUGAGAUCCGCCAGAAGGGCUUACGGGAGGCUCCCGCCCGGCCGCUGCACCUCUACGACACUCCCUACGAGCCCGUGCUGGGAGGGCUGGACGUGGAUGGCGACCGCCUGGCGUGCCCCAGGCCCAGGGAGUCCCGGCUGCCCGAGGACGACGAGCGGCCGCCAGAGGAAUACGACCAGCCCUGGGAGUGGAAGAAGGAGCGGAUCUCCAAAGCCUUUGCAGUUGAAAUCAAGGUCAUUAAAGACCUGCCAUGGCCACCGCCGGUGGGACAGCUCGACAGCCGUGAAAGCCCCCCGGACAGUGAGGCCGGUGCCUCCGUCCCUCCACAGCACGGCCAGCCCAGCUACGAAGACGCCAACGGUCCGUCGGAGGGGCUGGGGUACGGCCGCACCUCGCCCUGCAGGGAGGAGAAGGCCAGGGCUGCCCUCAGGCAUGGCUCCAGCAGCCUCAAGAGCACGAAGACACUGAUGGCCGAGCCUGGCCCCUUCCUUGGGGAGAGGAUUGACCCUGCCCUGCCCUUGGAGAGCCAGUGCUGGUACCAUGGGGCCAUCAGCCGGACGGACGCCGAGACGCUGCUGAGGCUGUGCAAGGAGGCCAGCUACUUGGUGCGCAACAGCGAGACCAGCAAGAACGACUUCUCCCUCUCCUUGAAGAGCAGCCAGGGCUUCAUGCACAUGAAACUGUCCCGGACCCAAGAGAACAAGUACGUGCUGGGUCAGCACAGCCCGCCCUUCGACAGCGUGCCGGAGAUCAUUCACCACUACGCCAGCCGCAAGCUGCCCAUCAAGGGGGCUGAGCACAUGUCCUUGCUUUACCCGGUGGCUAUCCGCACCCUAUAGCCCUCGCCCACCACAAGCCGGGCUCGAGGCCGGGCGCACCCCGAACCGGCCCCUCCGCGGGGCCGAGCGCCGCCGUGACAAGGACGGGCUCCGGACCGGCAGCCAGCAAGCGGCUGGCUGGGCACGGCCGGCGCUGCUGGGGAUCGCUGCAGCUGGACCCCUCAUCCCGCUCCCUUGAGGGGGGGGGUUGGCGGGGGGACGGCGCCGGGGGGACCCCCUGCCCGAGGAGCUGAGCGGGGCUGGCCGGCUGCCCGCUGCCCUCGCCUGCCUCCGGGCAGAGCUCAGGACACAAGGACUGGAGCUGGGGCCUGGGAGAGGCCUGGGGGGAGGCGAUGUGCGGGAAAAGGGGGGAGAAACCGUCCGCCAACAGGCCUGAGGUGCCUCCCAGAGGGUGCCCGGCUCUGCCCGCUGAGACCGAACGGCUGUGCCCACUGGUGGGGGCGAGCCGGGGCCUCCCUGGGGCUAGCGAGGCACACAGGGCCAGGCCAGCGGUGGCCCCCCCCCACAACCCCGCAGGGGUGCUCGGUGCUCGCUGCCGUCCUUUGCCAAAUGUAAAUAGUGACGGGUCUCGGCCGCACGCGCAGCACCGCUGCCUAAUAAAGCGGUGCAUGGUGGCCUCCUGCUCUGUGGGCGCCGCGCCCCCGCAUCCCACCACCUCCGCUGGGGGGUUCCGUGUGGCAAAAUGGCGGGGAAGGGGAUUUUAUUACACAAAAGCUCUAAGCACGUCGAUUUUUCCUUCACUCUUGCGGGACCCGUGUGCCUGGAGCAGUCCAGCUGGCUCACUCGUCCCAGACACAGGGGACAAGGGCUGCCAGUGGUCGCGUCCUCGCCGUGUCUUUGGGAUCCCUCGCAGGCAGCGAUGAGCUGGUUUUGGACUUGGCUGUUAUCCCCUGUAGAAGGGGUUGCUCUUUGUGAUCUUCUGCCUCCCUGUUUUCCUUCACCCCUCACAAGUCUUAGGCAAAAUCCCUGAAUUUCACAGAUCUCCUCGUCCUCUGGGUAUUUUAGUGGCUCCAGUCCUGUUCUUUGUCUUCCUGACACCUUGUCUUUGGGCCAGCUUGCUCCUGCUCUGUGUUUGGCUGAAGCUACGUCUGGUGCUCUGUAGCGUUUAAUGAUUUAACGCAUACCUUGCCGUUUAACCUUCUUCCUGGUGUUGCUUGCUCCCGCACCCACGGCACGUGCGUUUCCUCUGCCUUGUGCUUCGGCCGAAGCUCAGUCUCGCUGUUCCUGCUCUGCGGUGCGUUCCCCUUCCCCUCUGCUCCCGGUGGCCCCGCUCUGUUCAGCAGAGGGGGGAUGGCAGCCCCAAAUUCGCUGCUGGACCAGCAAAACCUUUUUGGAUGAGUGGAGCAGAGCCCUUGGGACACUGGUGGGACAUGGUGGCGGUGGUGGAGGAAGGCUUUGUGAAAAAGCAUCUUCCUCCCUGCUGCCUCCUCUCAGGAAGGAGCUGGUCCUGCAGGUUUUCUGGGGGGGAAUGGAGGUGAUGGAUGGCAUGGGGGGGACUUGGCACGGGGGGGACCUGGCAUGGGUGAGCGCUGCAGCCACGGCAGGAACCCUGCUCUACCCUCUGAGGUUUUCCAGGCUCCAUCCCUAGCUGGGGGAUCACUCUCCCGGCUGCCCGUCACAGCUCUGAGCUGCUGCGGGGACCCUCAGGCACGUCCAGCGUGGUCCCCGAGCGCACACCGCGGCCGGGAGCCUGCAGAAACUACGCGGGUUUGUUCCAGGACGCCUCGGCCUCUGCCGCUCCUUAAAAGGCAGCAGUUGGAGCUCCUCGAGCGCACGGUGUCUCCUUACAGCCCCGCUUGGCUGCUGGUGGCUCCCCGGCUGCCUCUCCCCAUCCCAGGCAGGCAUCUUGUCCGGCGGCAGGGACAGAGACGACUCCGGCUGGCGGGAUUUUCUCCCAGCGGUGCCACAGCAGGGCCUGUCGAUGCGGAAAUCUGCCGGGGUGCUCUUGGGUUGCCCUCGCCGCAUUUGAAAGGUUUCAAGGGCCCUUUAGCAGCUCUGCUGUGCCCUGACGGCUCCAGGCGCGGAGCUCAUCCCCGGGGAUACUCUGCCUUCUCUGUGGCUGCAGAUGUUCUUCUCAGGUCCAUGCAGCCAGGGAACAAAGGCGCAGGAGAAGCCUCCUCAUGUAUCGUGUUGUGGGGAGGGUUUUGUGUUGGUUUUUUUUCCUUGAGAAACUGUGGUGGGGAGGAAGCUGCCUGGCAGCCAGUGCUGGCUCCACCGGUGAGCUCGCAGCCUUAGGGUGAGAUCCUGCCCCAUCCCUGGCUCCAUCUGAGGGACAUCCCUGCUGAGGGGUGUGAGACCUGUGUGCAUGGCACCAGCGUCCUGGGAACAGUCACAGACCAGUCUGGAGCUGGGCUUGGUGUCCGAGUGCUUCAGCUACGCAGCUGUCAGGCCUCCCUGUGGCAUUUACAUCCCUUCUCAGGCCUCUCAUCUCCAAGCUAAAGCAGCCCAGCUCCUCAGGCGUCUCCUUGCACAUCACGUUCUGCAGCCCUGACCAUCCUAGGGACCCUCUGCAGGACUUUUUCCUUGUACUUGGGGUCCAAAACUGGGCACAGUAUCCAGAUGGGGUCUCACCAAUGCCAAAUAAAGGGAAAUAACCACUUCCUUUGACCUGCUUGCUACACUCGUAUGGUAACUUGGGUUGGAAGGGACCUCAGGAGGUCUCUACUCCACCCUCCUGCUCUGUUAGCAUUGACUGAAGUCAAGAGGGCUUCAUUUUGGAGAGAAGCAGAAGUGCCCUAAGCCCACUAGGUUUUCUUCCCCUCUUCAUAGUGUUACCAGGAGGGACUUGGACACCAGGGAUGAAGAGGGCUCCAAAUUCACCGCAGCCUGUGGGCAAUUCCAGCCCAGCAGAGCCUCCAGCUCCAUGUGGGCCCUCCAGUGGUGGAGGAGGUCCAACAAGAAAGAUGUGGGAGCAGGGUGCAGGACGCAGAGCCAGCCCACAGCUUGACAUCGGGUUAGGAGAUGGACGUGAUCUCAAACGGGGCAGAUCCAAGCAGGUCCUGGGACCUGUUUGGACCUGGGGAGGUCUCAUUUCGGGGUUCCCACAGAAAGUACAUGGCUCUGGGUCUGGCUGGUGUAUUGCAUCCUCUGUUUGCGGUGGGAGCUGAGCAGGAGCUCCCCAGGAAAUUUGGAUUGUGUCUCUUGUGAUGGUAUUUUAGCGCUGCCUUUUGCUGUCCCGUGACUGAAGGGAGCGUUGUUUGGACGUAAGCGAGGGGGUCAGCCAUGUGACAGGACUAGCGAGGUGACAGGGAUCCCCAUUCUUGGGGACGCUAAUCCCCAGGACGGAGAAGGGCUUGAGCAACCCGAUGUGGCUUUGAGGUUAACCCCAUUGGGAGCAUGAAGGCUGACCGGCGACCUUUGCCUGUAGCAAUUCCCAAUCCGCUUGUCCCGGCAAUCCCCUGCAUCCUCCUGGCUGCCCCUGUUCUCUGUCCCUCCUCCCUGCAAGUGAAACAGCUCUGUCAUUCAUCACCUGAUCUCUGGUCCCUUGCUAAGCCCCCCAUAAUCGCCGAGCUGCUUUAGCAUGCUGCAGGCCCCGGUAAUGAAGGGAGGGAGUUUGUUUGGUAAUUGGAUUAGUGCUGCUGGGAACAGGCUCUCGCUCAGCGGUCGGAGCUGAGCUGCCACGGCCCCGAGCCCUGUGCUGGCUCCGGCACAGGGCUGCACUGGCCAAAAUCUGGGGAGUCUUGCAGGAGGAAGGCAGCCAAGAGAGGCAAAAGGCUGAUUCGGGGCAGACUUUGACCGUGCCCUCCUUGGAAGCUGGGCUGUGUUUUCCGAAACUCUGUCACAUCCCUAAUGCCUCCCACCUGCUGGGAAUGAACUCUCGGGGUUAGCCUCAAGGCUACCGUCAUCCCCCCAGCACAAGCCAUCAGGGUUCCUGAAGACCUCGUGGGCUGAAGAGCAUUGCCAGGAACUUGUGGGACACUGGUCCUUGUGGGUGGGCAGUAGUGUGCCGGGUGUGCUCCAUCAUCCGUGUCCCCUCCCUGCCCCUCUGGCCUGGAGAAGUCCCCUUAAGGCCAAGCCUAGUGAUUAGUUUAAAACCCAAACCCUAGCAGUGGUGCCUAAAAUUGCUUGAAUAUCUCAGGAAACACAGUGCCCUGUGUUCUGUCCCCAACCACGGCAGUCUGCAGAAGGAUCAAAUAACCCGACAGCUCGGCUGCCAAAGUUUAUAGCAAAGGAGAGAAAUUUGUUCCUGAUCCCUGCAGGCGACCAGCACAAUGUGCAGUGGAGCACAUCCGCAGCGCACACACGCAUGUGGAACGCAUAUGGCCCAGCUGAAUGCCUCCUUUCACAUCUUCGCGUAAAGACCAACAUAUUUGACACCAGAGGCGAGUUUCUGCUCCUAACUCGGAGACCACCCUUACUCAGUCCCUUCGUCACGCUUCCCCAGCAUCGUCUCAAACCAGUUCCUUGCUCCUGGUACCCGGUUUGGCAAUUGUCCCAAAACAUCCGUGCUUCGAUGCCGCCACCUAAUUUCCAGUCUACACGUGUGUGCAGUUCUCUGCUUUUUCUUGCACAAUUUUGGAGGCAUGCCUCCAAAACAGCAUGCUUGGGCAGAUCUUGCGGGUGAGAUCUUCCUGGAGCCUCGCUGGUGAUGCAGCUGUGGCCCUCCCAAAAACGCAUCCCAGCCAUGAUGACUCCACACUGUCUGCCCUGCACUGCUCGCUGAUAACGUUAUAGAAUCGUAGAAUGAUUUGGGUUAGAAGGGACCUUAAAGCCCAUCCAGGGACAUCUCCAACUACACCAGGUUGCUCCAAGCCCCAUCCAACCUGCCCUUGAACACCUCCAGGGAUGGGGCACCCACAGCUUCUCUGGGCAACCUGGGCCAGGGGCUCACCACCCUCACAGCAAACAAGUUCUUCCUCACGUCUCAGCUAAAUCUCCCCUCUUUCUGUUUAAAACAGUUCCUCCUCAUCCCAUGGCUCCCCUCCCUGAUCCAGAGUCCCUCCCCAGCUUCCCUGGAGCCCCUUUAGGGACUGGAAGGGGCUGGAAGGUCUCCCUGGAGCCUUCUCUUCUCCAGGCUGAACCCCCUGCAACUCUCUCAUCCUCUCCUCACAGCAGAGGGGCUCCAGCCCUCGGAUCAUCUUCAUGUCCCUCUGCUGGACCUGUUCCAACAGCUCCAUGUCCUUCCUGUGCUGAGGCCCCAGGGCUGGGGGCAGCACUGCAGGGGGGUCUCACAGAGUGGAGCAGAGGGGCAGAAUCCCCCCCUCGCCCUGCUGCCCACGCUGCUGGGGAUGCAGCCCAGGCUGCGGGGGGGUUCUGGGCUGCCAGCGCACGUUACCAGCUCAUGUUGAGCUUCUCGUCCACCAACAUCCCCAAGUCCUUCUCCUCAGGGCUGCUCCCAAGCCAUUCACUGCCCAACCUUUAUUUGUACCUGGGAUUGCGGUGACCCAAGUGGAGGACCUUGCACUUGGCCUGGUUGAACUUCAUGAGGUUCACAUGGGCCCACUCUCCCGCCUCUCCAGAUCCCUCUGGAUGGCAUCCCGUCCCCCCAGUGUGUUGGGCGUGCCACACAGCUUGGUGCCGUCGGCAAACUGGCUGAGGGUGCACUCAAACGUUCGUGGGGUCAGCCCAAGACUGGGGUGGAGGAACAGUGCCAGAAGCAUCUCUUUGCUCAGAAACGCCCUGUUUAAUACAACCCAUCAUUUACUUCAUUAGCUGCUCCCUCUGCUGCUGUGUCCGUACCCAUGACUUCCAGCAUCGGAAACUGGUUCCUAUUGGGUGGUAAAUGAAACUUCAUCCUUAAAUCUAACCAGCCUAAAUGUGCUGCAUCACCUUGUCUAUGCUAAUUGUCAAAGAAAAAUCAUUUAAGUUACACAGAGACAAUGUAUCUGUGAUAAAUUCUGCCCCCAUUUGCCUUCCUCUCUUGAAUCUGGGUUUCCUUCAAAAAAAAAAAAAAACAAGCCUGAGAAGGGUAUGGAAGUCUAGAAAUGUUUCCAUCCCUUUUUCUGGAUGCGGGAGGCGCAUCUGCUGCGUUUGUUUGCUAUUUGAGUCUUAUCCAGGUUACCCUCAAUCUGCUUCUUCCCUCACAGGGAGGUGACCUUGCUCCUUUCCUCCCCGAUCUCACGCUGCGCCUCCUGGUUGACCCUCACCUCGCGCAUUCAAAGCGUGUCCUCACCCAGCGGUCCUGCCUCAGGCAUUCCCCAUCCUUCACAUCACCCUCAGCCCUGUGACCCGCGCAGCUACAAGUCUUUCUCUUCAUUUCCAGGAUAAACGGAUGCGUGCUGAAUUUUUUCCCCUGUUCAACGGCAGCGCGCGGCAAGUCCUGCUCGGUGCCUGCAUGGGGCCGACGGGGGCUCUGCACACGCGUGUCCUCCCUCGCUGCUGCUGUUGGGGGGGCCGCCCUGCUGCGCCUGUGCGAGCGCGCCGUGAUUUACCGCCCGCUCGCGGCGCCACAGCCUCCCCACGCAGGCACCGGCGCGGCCUGAUUUACCACGGGCGUUACGGCGUACCUCUCUGCAAAUUCACGGCACGUCUGGGCUUAGUGCCUGCACUUGGCGCGCUCGCCCUGGCCAUGCGUGUCCUGAUUUGCAGGGAAGGCUCUUGCAUCUCUUUGCCCCUCUCUAGGUCACCUGGAGUCACUGCCCGCGCACCCCACUGCCCUCUCCGAGGGGAACACUCUGCCUGAUUCACCCCCUGGGCGUGCGGCGCUCUUGGAUUCACUGCCUGCACAGCGGAUGGGUGCUCCGGGCGGCAUAGCAUGGCCUCCCUUGUGCUCACGACAUCCUAAUUUAUUGCCCGUGCCUCAGCUGCUUCCCCACGCAUGUGCCUUUGUGGCGCCUGGGCGGGCACUGCAGCUGUGCCAUCUGCAGGUGUGCCCAGCACCAGCAUCACCUCCCGACAUCUGAGGAGCCCCUGGUUGGGAAUUCAUGGUGAAGACUGCAGGGUCUGUGCUGCACCGAGUUCCCUUUUCCUUCCGCACACGCAGGCUGUCCGAGCCUCCUCUGCCUGGCUUGUAACCGCCUCUUGCAAGGGCUGAGAUGCGGCUCGGCACCGCCAUCCUGCGCCGUCCUGGCUCAUGUCCUGCUCUGGGAACCAUAGGCUGGGGGGUGACUCGGUGUCCAAGUCCUGCCAGAGGCAAUAGAGGGUGUCUGUGGUGGGCAGCGAGACCCAGCGUCUGCCGGAUGCCAUCUAAGCCAGAGUCCCAGGUGCUGCCCAGGCUGCCGCUCCAGUACCUACAGUCUUCUCAGGGGAUGUUCGUGGGAUCACAGUGACUUCCUCUGCUGUCCUGUUGGCUUGGGAGAGGGAAAACUGGGAUAUCGGAGAUCCCAGAAUCUGCAUCAGAGGGCAGAAGGGGCCAUGAGGUCCAGAGGAGGGUGUUGUCACUCGAUCAAUGUUGCAGAAUGUGCCCAUCCAGGCAUGACCCACAGCCAUGGCCUAGGGCGGUCUGUGCACCAGGCAGGGGAGAGGCAGAGUCUCCCAUCCCUCACCCUGGGAAGCUCUCCAGCCCUGCUUGUGAUGCUGGUGACCAGGGAAAGGCAGGAUCUCCCAUCCCUCGCCCUGGGAAGCUCUCCAGCCCUGUUUGUGAUGCUGGUGACCGGGGAAAGGCAGGAUCUCCUAUCCCUCACCCUGGGAAGCUCUCCAGCCCUGUUUGUGAUGCUGGUGACCAGCUGGAGCUGGCUGGGGAUGGGAAGGAGGAGCUACAGGCUGAGACUCCUGGUUUUCCUCUUUUCCAGAGAGGGGCUGAGCUAAAAAGCAUCUUGCCCCCUUCUGCUGUGACUUGUAGCUGCGCUCCCAGAUGCCACAGGCUAGGGUGAGAGGUCCAGGUGGGACCAGAAAGGGCUGGAGAGUUCAUCACCCUCACGGCGAGGGCUCUCGUCCUUGCGUUGGACUUCCAGCCGGUCCCAAAGGCAGCAGCCCAGCGCAUACCAGAGCAGGCAGGAGAGCAAGUGUGGGGACGUCGCCUGGUCCCCUCUGCACCGCAGACCCCACGCUGCCCUGCUCGGCUGAGGGUCCCUCUGAAAGGUCCAUCACCGGGGGCGACCCCGGGCUCUGUGUCUCUGGCUCUGCCAGCCCCGCAGGCACCCUGCAUGGCAAUUCCUGCUGGCAGCAGCUGCUCCUGUUAUCAGCGCAGCGAUAAUUGUCCCUGCUGGGCUGGUCCCGCUCGGGGCCAUUAGCAGCCAGAGCCUUCUUUUAUCAUCCUACAUCUCAUUCCCAUCGUGGCAGCUGCAGUAAAUGUCUAUCUGCUGGCCAGGCCAAACGCCCGCCGGGACGCGGGAGUGGGUGGCCCUGCGGUAGGUGACGAUUUUGCCACGCUCACAGGUCGCUCAGGUGGGAGUGUCAUUCUCCCACAGCACGACGCAGGGAGGAGAAAGGGGUCUCUCGUGGUGGGAGGGAGGACAUUCUGGCAUCACAGCCCCCCCGGCUCUGCGGUCCGUUCAGCAGUGCGGCGGGGGUGUCUGUGGUCUCUGCCUGCCCUCCCUGAUGGCGGAGGCGCUGCUCAUUUCCAUUUAGAUAGAGGAAUUUCAAUCUCAGCUUGACGUCUCCUCGCCACAGUGCAAAGCGAGACCCACAUUUCCAAUUUUCUUCCCCACGCGAUGCCAGAUGCUCUCUGCUGGCUCGGGAGCCAAAGCGCAUUGGAGAUGCUGCAGCCUGUCCAGGGCGGGCAGCCGGGGAGGUGACCGCGGCGAGUGUCUGUGUGCAGCUCCGGCUGGUUCUCCGCACCCGGAUUCACUGCGCUGCCCGCGGCCCAAAGCACUGCCAUCGCCUCUCGUUAGCCCCCUUCCCUGCCACUGCCCAGCAAUGUGCCCUUGUGGCCAAGACAAAUGGUCUCCUGAGGGGCAUCAAGAAGAGUGUGGCCAGCAGGUGGAGGGAGGUCAUCCUUCCCUUCUGCUCUGCCCUGGGGAGGCCACAUCUGGAGCACUGGGUCCAGCUCUGGGCUCCCCAGAUCCAGAAGGACAGGGAACUGCUGGAGAGAGUCCAGCAGAGGCUGCGGAGAUGCUGAGGGGCUGGAGCAUCUGUGUACUGAGGAAAGGCUGAGAGCCCUGGGGCUGUUCAGCUGGAGAAGAGCAGGCUGAGAGGGGAUCUCAUCAACGCUCAGCAAGAGCUAAAGGGCAGGGGGCAAGAGGAUGGGGCCAGACUCUUCUCAGCGGUGCCCGGGGACAGGACAAGGGGCAACGGGCACAAACUGGAACACGGGAAAUUCCAUCUCAACAUGAGGAAAAACUUCUUUCCUUUGAGGGUGGCAGAGCCCUGUCAGAGGCUGCCCAGAGAGGUGGUGGAGUCUCCAGCUCUGGAGACGUUCCAAACCCACCUGGAUGCGUUCCUGUGCCACCUGCUCUGGGUCACCCUGCUCUGGCAGGGGGUUGUGGCGCUGGAUGAUCUCCAGAGGUCCCUACCAACCCGACCAUUCUGUGAUU